GCUGACAAUAGCUUUGCUCAGGGCUCUGCCCAGCCCUUUCCCCUGCUCUGCCAGACAGAAACAGAGAACCAGGCUGGCUAAGAAAUGAAUGUCCUCCUUUCCCUUGCCGGGCAGGCGGCUCCGCUCGGAGCCGCGGGGAGGAGCCGCGAUGUGUGCGAUAUCUGCGAUGUGUGCGAUGGUGUCGGUGUGACCCGGUGAUGUCGCUGUGACCCGGUGAUGUCGCUGUGACCCGGUGCCCUGUGCCAGCCCUGCCCGGUGCCCGGGGCUCGCUCCCUGCUCGCUCCGCUGCCAUCGCUGCAGCACCCCGGGGCUCCGGGCAGGGCGAGCCAGCGCCGGCUCCGCGGUCCCAGUCAGAACAGAUCAAGCUGAUGAUAAAAAAGCGGUGCUGGAGAAGAGGAGGGAGGGAGAGAGAAGAGAUUGAUGCCACGGGCAUCGCGAUCCCUCCUGUAGACACGACCUCGGCUGAUAGCGUGGCUUCUCCUGGGAGUUGUGCUUGGAUCCCCCAGGAGAGGAGAGCCCACCAGGGCCUGUGCUGACCUCAGAGACCACGGGCUGUGUCAGGGCUGCUUUGGGUGGGUGUUUAGGGUCAUCCCAGAUGCCACAGCCCCUUAGUUCUGUCUGGGCUCCGGGGAGAUGCUCGGGAGGAGCCGCCCGCCGCUCCUGCAUCCUCUUCUCCGAGGGCAUCCAGAGCCAAGCUGCCUCUCCCGGGGCUUUGUUGCAUGCUUGGCUGGCCUUGGCGGGAGGUGGUCGCUCUCGGGCUGGCAGAAUCCCCGGACAAAGCCUUUUCCGUGCGGCGGGGCCGCGGGGAGACAGGGUGAGAUCAGCCGUGGCUUCAGCGCCUGCCUGGAUGGAGCCGGAGGUGUGCAGAGGAUGGAGGAGGAGCGGGAGACAUCCCUGCCAUCCCUGCCCGGGGCACGGAGAGCUGCCCGGCAUCCCGGUGAGAGGUUAUAACUGAGUAGCCCUUAUGACCAACAUGAGCUGGAGCUUCCUCACCCGCCUGCUAGAAGAGAUUCACAAUCACUCCACCUUCGUGGGGAAGGUCUGGCUCACCGUGCUCAUCGUCUUCCGCAUCGUCCUCACGGCGGUGGGGGGCGAGUCCAUCUACUCCGAUGAGCAGAGCAAGUUCACCUGCAACACCAAGCAGCCGGGCUGCGACAACGUCUGCUACGACGCCUUCGCGCCGCUCUCACACGUCCGCUUCUGGGUCUUCCAGAUCAUCAUGAUCUCCACGCCCUCCGUCAUGUACCUGGGCUACGCCAUCCACAGGAUCGCCCGCUCGGCCGAGGAGGAGAAGAAGUUCAAGGGCUUCAAGAAGAAGAAGCAGUUUGCCCUGAACUGGCAGGCCGUGCGCAACAUGGAGGACGCCAUGGAGGCCGACGAGGAGGAGCCCAUGAUCUCCGACGACGCGGCCGAGCACGAGAAGGCCAAGGCCAGGCCCAAGUGCAAGGAGCAGCAGAAGCACGAUGGGAGGAGGCGCAUCCAGCAGGAGGGGCUGAUGAAGAUCUACGUCUUCCAGCUCCUCACCCGGGCCUCCUUCGAGGUUUGCUUUUUGAUAGGGCAGUAUUUGCUCUACGGCUUCGAGGUGGAAGCUUAUUACGUCUGCAACAGGGUCCCUUGUCCGCACACCGUGGACUGCUUUGUGUCCCGGCCCACGGAGAAGACCAUCUUCCUCCUGGUGAUGUACGUGGUGAGCUGCCUGUGCCUGCUGCUGAACAUGUGCGAGAUGUUCCACCUGGGAUUCGGCACCAUCCGCGACGCCAUCCGCAACCGCAAGAUCAACAGCUUCCGGCAGCCCCCCUACAACUACGCCUACCCCAAGAACAUCUCCUGCCCUCCCGAGUACAACCUGGUCGUCAAAUCCGAGAAGUCCACCAAGAUCCCCAACAGCCUGAUGGCCCACGAGCAGAACUUGGCCAACGUGGCUCAGGAGCAGCAGUGCACCAGCCCAGAUGAGAACCUGCCGGCGGAUCUGUCCACGCUGCACAAGCACCUGCGGGUGGCCCAGGAGCAGCUGGACAUCGCCUUCCAGAGCUACAGCAGCACCCAGGCCAACACGCAGCCCUCUCGGACCAGCAGCCCCGCCUCGGGGGGCACCGUGGUGGAGCAGAACAGGGCCAACACCGCCCAGGAGAAACAAGGUGCUAAACCCAAGGCCUCCUUGGAGAAAGGCAGCUCCAGCAGCAAGGACGGGAAGACGUCUGUGUGGAUAUAACUCUGUCGGUGCACGAGCUGGGUUUUUUGUUUUGGUUUGUUUCUGGUUUUCGGUGUUAUCUGUUUCGCAGGGCACGAUUUUUGUGUGAAGUCAAGAGAGUAAAAAACAGGAGUUUCGGACCUGUUUAGUGCUGUCUUCCAGAGCGUUAACAAAAGACGUUUCUUCCCUGUCUCCAACGUGUUCUCCAGCUGGGAACCUGCGGUGAGUGACAGGAACCUCCAGUGAGUAACAGCAAACCCCCCACACCUCCCAGCCCCUGGGACACCACCGGAGCCCCCAGCAGAGACUGGACAAUGUGCUGUGGUGGGAAGAGGAGCUGCUGGUGGCUCAGCAGGGAAGCAAGGCUGACAGGGAUCAGCCACCCUCCUGCACGGCAAGGCUCGAGUGCUGCAGGCCAGGCAGUGUUUAAUUACUAAAUACCCUUAAUCGAAUUAAUUUCCGACCCUUUGGUAAGAAAAGCACUGACAUAUUGCACAGACCUUGGUGGCAGGCUCACAGCUGAUGGCCUGCCCAGGCUGGCAGAUGCUGUCGAGGGCCUCGUUGGAUGCUGUGAGCCAGAGCUGGCUCCCAUGUCAGGUCUGGAGCAGGAACACAGUGACUGCCUCAGACACGGAGACCUAAAACCAGCACAGGGCUGAAGGUUUCAUCUUGUCUUCCUCUGCAUCAAAGCAAAAAGCAAAUCUGCUCCAAACCCUCCGGAGCAGGAGCGAGCAGUGACUUUGCAUCCUACCGGUGCCUGUGUAGCACUUGCUACAGAUGUGAUGGGAAUUGUUGCAGUUACAGAGUCUUUAACAAACUGCUGCUUCACAUCAUCAGAAAGUGCCUUUAUGCAACCAGGAAAACAAAAGUGUAAAGGGGUUAGGCUCCUUUACUCGCUGAAUUUCAGACGGCCGGCAUCAGCAAAUUUGUUUUUCUGAUUAAUUGAGGAAAAGCACUGUUGGCAAAUUUGUUUUUCUGAUUAAUCAAACCCUUAUAAAUAGCGGCAGGUGGCAGAUCUAUGCAUAGUGUGUCUCUGGUGUGUGUGUGUGUGUCCAUGUGUAGAUACAGACACGUAUGAAUACGUGCGUGUGAACGUAGACAUAGAGAGAUCGGUGUAAAUGUAAUAUCAACCCUCUGCUCCUUCCUCAGCCUUCCUCCUCCCCGAGAAAACCCAGCUGCUCCAGGAGUGGGGCUGAUCUCAUCCUGGGUUCCCACACCUGGGGGGGCUUUGCAGAAGGUCUGGCUUGAGUGGGGACAGGACCAGGGCAACAGCAGGAAGUUUUUCUUCAGUGUAUGAGAUUUUUUUUCAGCUGGGCUUGGCUUUAGGGUGGUUUCCAUGCACUUACAGUACUUUGGGAGCGUGUUAAAAUCAAGCUGCUGAGCUGCUGCUGUUCUUUGUCAGAGGAUGGUUCCAUCACCACCACAGGGAGCCCAGGUAGGCAGAGCCUUCAAGAUCAAACCUAGUGCAAAAGAAGUAAAAUCUCCCUGAACACUGCGCUGUCCCUGUGCCAGGCUGCUCCCUCAGGCUGUGCCAGGAUUUCUUAUCCAUGGGGUAUUCCUGACUUCUCACUGGACAUCACUCUCCUGUCCUUGAGAUCAGUCCCUAAAAGCCCUGAAGGUGCCUGUUCCCCAAGUGUCCAGCCCUUUGGCCAUUCUUGGGAACAGGCAGAGAAUCUGGAUAUGCCCCUCAUCUCCUGGGAACUUUGGCUGAGCUGUGGGAUGCGUUAGAGAACAGUCCUGGAGGCAAAAAAAAAAAAGCAGAAUUAAAAGGAAAGCAGAGAAACACCCUACGAGGUAUCCAGCAGCAAAUGUUCAGCUUUGUGGCUUUGUGUAGCUGUCUGGGGAUUGCUUCCAGGCUUGCUCCUGGUCCUGCUGAAGGCAUUGGUAAAAUGCCUGGAAUGCUGUUUGCUCUUGCAGCUUGAGAUCUUCCCCUCACAAAUGGGAUCCAGGAAGGGGAUCAGCACAGCAGCAGUCAGCAGUGACAUCCAUCCACCCCCUUCUGCUGGGAAUUCUGCAGGAAAGGCUCAGAAAGGCCACACCACGGUGCUGGGGAGACAAACAUAUCCGACUGCUCUGUUUGUCCUUGUCCCAUGUGUGGGGAUGUGCUCUCUGCUGGCUGGGGAUGUGCUGGGCACAGCAGGAGAGGCUGGGUGCUCCCAGGGCUGCUGUCACCUGGAAAAAUGCCUGCAGGGCCACAGCCCAAGCUGUCUGGGAGGACAGAGAGGUGAUCCUGGCUGGAAAUUCGUCCCCUCGUCGCUGCAGCUGUCCAGGACAUGAGCUUGUCCUCUACAUCAGUGUGACUUCUCUUUUAUUCCCAGCCCUGUGUCCCAUGGGAAACUGUGUGUGUUUAAAGUCGUGAUCCCAAGGGAAGGAUGGAAACUCUGAGGGUAACCAUGGCUGGAUGCUGCCUGGGUUCUUCUGAUUCCUUUUCCAUGAGCAACAA